AGAAUGCGGGUCUAAAAUAAGGCCACCAUGCCUAAAAGUUACGGUUAGUGUGGCACUACGCAGCAAGGUGCAUCAUUAUCCUGUGACCCGAGGGUGGGGGUUGACAAUAGGAAGAGUCAUGCACUGGGGUCUUAAAAAAUUUUCCUCAUCAUGCUCAUUGUUUUGCUCAAAAGAACACUAUGUUACAAGUGACAGGAAUGCCAAAAACUGCCUCCACUGCCACAAGAAGCAUUUCUUGUUGGCCACGAUGCUCUCAGUACUUUUUUGCCUCCUGGUUUUCUUCACCAAUCCUCUUCAUUCAUCUUAUUCAUUCAUUCAAGAUUCUUCUGCUCUUCAAAGGGGGAGUGAGAGGUCUGAUGACUUCCUUAUAGGUUCCCAUCAAGCCAAAAACAUCACCAAUUUUAAUUAUGGGCUUUCUUCAUCUUCUUUUUAUGUGGUGGAAGACGUUCCGUCUGAACCUGAAGGUAGCAACGGAUAUCCAAGACUGAAAGUCAAGGGAACACAGAGGAGACUGCCAGCAGCCCUGAUCAUUGGAGUACGUAAGUGUGGAACCAGAGCACUCCUGGAGAUGCUCAAUCUCCACCCAAACAUCCGUAAACGAGAUGCGGAGGUGCACUUCUUUGAUGAUGAUGAUCGCUACAACAAGGGGCUUGAGUGGUACAGGAAGAAGAUGCCUGUCUCUUUUGACAACCAGGUGACUGUGGAGAAGACACCAAGUUACUUCGUAUCCCGCGAGGCCCCAAGCCGCAUACAUGCCAUGGACCCGGACAUCAAACUGCUGCUCAUAGUGCGGGACCCCACCAUCAGGGUGCUGUCCGACUACGCUCAGAUCNUAUACAACCACACAAAGCUGAAUGAAACAAUUGCAGAACCUUUUCACACUGUUCGGAAAAAUAGUGAAAAAACUGACUGACCCUACAAUGCGAUCCAGAUCAGCCAGUACGUGGUGCACAUCUUGCGCUGGCUGCGCGUGUUCUCGCGCCACCAACUGCACAUCGUUGACGGGGACAGACUCAUACGCAACCCAUACCCCGAAAUUAGGAAGGUGGAGAAGUUCCUGCAGCUGCCGUCCCGUGUACAGCCGAGCAACUUUUACUUCAACCGCACGAAGGGCUUCUACUGCAUGCGCAACGAGACGCACCAGAAGUGCUUGGCCGAGAGCAAGGGGCGGCGUCAUCCUUACGUCGACCCUAGCAUCAUCGAGGCUAUCCGCCGCUACUUCACUCCCUUCAACGAACAAUUCUAUCAAAUUGUCGGGCAAAAUUUCUCGUGGCCUUCUUCCUAAACCUGUGGUGGUCAGGCUUGUUUCUUGAAGGCAGCUCUAAAAGGAAAUAAUUUUCGUAUCGGCGCAUUCGAAAUGAAAAAAUAAUACUGGUGAGCGAAACCAUGCCAAUGAUAUGAAUGACAUUAUGCUGCUGUGUAUCAAACUCAACCUCUCGACUACAAAUACCCAUAAAGUUGACAAGCAUUUUCUGCACAGUUUCGAAAUAAGUUAGGCGGUUUAAAUAGUUAGAUCGAAAUCAGUGCAACUGAUUGUCAGGGAACGUAUGAGAUGAGAGGUACGUAUGAGAUUUAUACACAGUCCAGAUGCGGCCUGCAGACCAUUGCUAGGGAAUGGCUCUAUUGUGAACAGAACUUGCUGGUUUUCUAUUAUCCAUCUUCACUUCUUCAAUAACUCACUAAUUGACUCGGGUAUUUUUUCUCGAUCUCUUCAUCGUCAAGCAAUCAAGAAGUGGUACCUGAUACGUAUUGUUCCUUCAAUAAUUCAUUACAUUGAUUUCACCCGCCACGAGCCUUUCACCUCAAGCUCGUGGUUGUUCUUGGGAUCUUCCCACCAUAGCUCAUGUCAUAAUUUGUGUGUCAUUAAUUUGUCGUAUGUGCGAGUUGGGCUCGUGUGGCCUCCAAAGAAUAGCCUUCAGGCAUACACACGUCGCUCUAUGUACGCGAAGAAAAUCUACUUAUAAGUGAAACGAAGAAUCUCCAGCUUCAGGAGUAAGGCAAAAACAUAUCACCCUAAAUUUACUUGACGUUUUUAUAUUGCAUUAUCUUCGUAUUUCGUCGAUCAAUUCUUGGGCUAGACCUCGCUUAUAAGAGCGCCUGGUUCAGCUCACUAUAUCUCAUUUUUAAUGUUUUGAAAUUCUCUCCAUAUCAAAGAUUUCUGCAUCAAUUUCUCUCAUAUGUAUAGAUGAUAUUACAGAUGCAUCAACUUCUCUCAUAUGUAUAGAUGAUAUUACAGCUGCAUCAACUUCUCUCAUAUGUAUAGGUAACAUUCGGAUAAAACCUUAAUUGAUUAGCAACUACCUGAUAUGAAUGCUUUCCCAUCUGAUUCAAAGCCAUUCAUUCCAAGACGUCCGGCCCUUCAUGCCACAUGCUGAAACCGAAUGAUUGAAAUUAGUAUAAUUUAUUAAUGGGAUGGACCCGAUUCAGGUUUUGACAUUUUAAUUGAAAUUAAUUGCUCUAUUUUUGUUACUUAGCUGUUAGUAACUUGACCAGACUUUCUAUUCGCAAUCCAUCGUCAUAAGAUCCCAUCUCUAAGUUUCCAUUGUCCAGUAUCGUUAUUUUUUGUCUCAGUGUUGUUACCGCCUUUUGCGUUAGUGGUUACUUUAUUACUGAAUACUAUAGUGCCUAUCGAGCAAAGGUACUUAACAGCCUCUCUGCUGUUAAGUACCUUUGCUGAGGGACAGCCUCAGCCAGCGUUGCUUCAACUCCUCGAAGUAGAACAAAAAUUUCUAGAAUUUAUGACUUUGUAGCAUCUGCUUUACCUCCGUUCGUACGUUUAUAUUUUUUGUUUGACUAGAAGCUGAAACAGACGACAGAAGUUUUUUCUCGUACUCGCAAUUCAUCCAGGAUGUCAAUAUUUUGUUUUAAUGUAUCGUCGAGCAUAAAGGAUGCUGUAUAUGCGUCCUAGCAAGUGUUCUCUUGUUCGGCUCACACUAUCUCUCGACUAAAUUUAAAGCUGAUAUUGCAUUGGCCAAAAUAAUUUAUUUAGAAUUCUUCUAUGCCUACUGUUGAGUUGACUUUUUUCUGUUACCAUUUUCAGUGUAAUAUUUCUCUGCGAAGUCAUAUCAGCAGCAAUGUUGAUCCUUUGGUUAUCUAAACCAAUGAUUGAUUCUGCUUCGUUUCUAAAAUUGGCAUCAAAAUUUUUGGAGAACUUCCUCAUGACUUAAUUUGUUCCAUGACAUCUAGUUUCUUAAGUUUUUUUAUUGCUAUCUAUAAAUCUUUGUGUUCAUUUCUACGUCUAGUUCCUUCCAUGCACUUCCUGACACCUGAUGUUCUGCCCGCUGUUCUUAACGAUUCUUUGUGUAAAGUUUUAAUUGUGUUGUCAAUGUGCACAAUAAAAGCAUGGGAUUGUAAGUGUAACCUGCACGGUUCCUCCAUGUCUCGCUCGUCAGAAGUUCUAAUAUAGGCGCCAUGACACCUCUGACGCUUCUCACACUUUAGACGCUAGAAGAGCUCAGCUCUCUAAUUUAAUUUAUUUUCAUUUAAUUUCUUCUUUCUUAUUACCUUCCCAAGCUUUAUGCAACUGUUUUAAAUCGAUAACUUUAAUGCUCUUACUUCGAGAUCUUAAUUUGCGUACGUUUUGAUUGUUCACAUUUAUUAGCUUUAUUCGUAGAUGGUAGCGAUAUUUCAGCCUCUUGACAAAUUUUG